AUGACAUCCAUGACAUUGACAGUUCUCAGAUUGAUAUCUAAGCGAGCGGUGCAUUCGGCAGUUAAGAGUAGGCUUUUUUCGACGAGUAUGGCGCUAAACAAAUUAUCUAUCGACGCCCUGGAGUUGGCCAACAAAAGGGUCCUGAUGAGGGUCGAUUUCAACGUUCCUCUUAAAGACGGGAAAAUCACCAACAACCAAAGAAUCGUGGCCGCCUUGGAUUCCGUCCGGUACGCUUUGGAUAAGAAGGCGAAGAGUGUCGUGCUCAUGUCGCACUUGGGUCGACCCGAUGGAAGUCCCAAUCCCAAAUACACCCUUAAACCGGUCGUAGGCGAGCUGGAGAAUCUUUUGAAAAGGUCUGUUACGUUCCUGCCCGAUUGCGUGGGCCCCGAAGUAGAAAAAGCCUGCGCGGAUCCCCAACCGGGCUCGGUUAUUCUGCUCGAGAACCUUCGGUACCACAUCGAAGAAGAAGGCAAGGGAGUGGACUCCAGCGGGAACAAGGCCAAAGCCGAUCCGGCCAAAGUGAAAGAGUUCAGGGCCGGAUUGCGUAAACUGGGCGACGUCUACGUCAACGACGCCUUCGGUACGGCCCACAGGGCGCAUUCCUCCAUGUUGGGCGAGGGUUUCGAGCAAAGGGCAUCUGGAUUCUUGAUGAAAAAGGAACUGCAAUAUUUCGCCAAAGCUUUGGACAAUCCGGAAAGGCCUUUCUUGGCUAUAUUGGGAGGUGCAAAAGUAGCCGAUAAGAUCCAACUCAUCGAGAAUUUACUCGACAAAGUCAACGAGAUGCUCAUCGGCGGUGGAAUGGCUUAUACCUUCCUCAAAGAGACCAAAGGCAUGUCCAUCGGGACGUCGCUGUACGAUCAAGAAGGCGCCCGGAUCGUCGGGAAACUGAUGGAAAAGGCGCGGAAAAACAACGUACAAAUCCACCUGCCGGUCGAUUUCGUCAUCGCCGAUAAAUUCGACGAAAACGCCAACACGCGCUCAGUUACUGCAGAUGAAGGCAUUCCGGAGGGCUGGAUGGGGCUGGAUAUCGGACCGAAAACCGUGGAAGCUUUCAAAGAUCCGAUAGCUCGCGCCAAAAUCGUCGUUUGGAACGGACCGUCGGGGGUGUUCGAGUGGGAGAAAUUCUGCAACGGUACCAAAAGCAUCAUGGACGAGGUCGUUAAAGCCACGGCGAAAGGAGCUGUAACUAUAAUCGGCGGUGGAGAUACGGCGACUUGCGCUGCUACUUGGAAAACCGAAGAUAAGGUGUCUCACGUGUCUACAGGCGGCGGGGCCAGUCUCGAGUUGUUAGAAGGUAAAGUUCUACCGGGUGUUGCCGCUCUAUCGGACGCUUAG